CAGAAUUUUAAAAGUAUUUAAUAAUUCCAGUUUUACUGGCUUAACAUUAAAGUUGUCUAGAAACUAUAAGUUUUACCUUUUAGAAUUAGUUUUUAAUUUUCAAUUAUUCAGUUUUUAUUUGCAGGGGAUUUGUAGGGAUGAGUGUGCCUGUGUGCUUGAAUUGAAAUGGAUCCUAUCUAUUGCAUUAUAAAUUUAUUGCGAUCGUUAUCAAUGCAUGCAAUACAUUUCUCGCAUUUCUAGAAUGAAGUUGAACUAUAGCAUUGAGUUUGAAAAUAAUAUUCAAGAGGCAGGUAAUGAGAAUAUUACAACAGAAGAACACGGCUGUCAUAAUCAAUCUAUUGACGACGAUGAACACACGGAACUUUCAGAGUCUGCAGUUCUUGUUGAAAAAUUACGUAAAAGCAACAAAAAAAGUCCAUUAGAGGAUAAAAACUCUAAUCAACGGAAUUUUGAUCAACAAGUAGAAAGGAAUGGUUUUCUUAUAGAAAUUAAAAAAAAAUUUCUUGCAUUCCCGAGUAAAGAAAGUUACCCGUGUUUCUCAAGAUAACGAGACACACGAGAAUGAAAACUGGGUAAAGACGAAAAAUAAAAUUGGUAUUAUCCACUUGGCAUUCGCACAAUUAAAAAAUGCAUUUUUUUGUUAAUUGACAAGUGAUUAUUACAUAAUAAAAAAUCAAGUUUUUACCAAAUAUAUAAAUAUGUUUCAUUAUCAUUUUAUUGUAUUCUUAAGGGAUUAUGGUACUUACUAUAUGACCUUAAUUACGAAAAAUUACGUAAUAUUAAACAAUGAUCUAAAGACAAUGCAACAACACCCGACCACAGCAACAAUGACCAAACGACAAUGACCGGUUUUGCUGGUUGAAGAUCAAUCUUCUUGGUCGAAAAUUCAUGUUUUUUGGUUAAAAACAUAAGAAUUUGGUUAAAAAUUCGUUUUUUUCUGUCGUUCAA